CACCAGGCAUCAGGUCAUUUGGCUCGACAGCGGGCACCGCGUCAUCUGGCAAGGCAGCGGGCCCCGAGUCAACAGGCACGACAGUGGGCCGGGUCAUCAGGUACCGGAUUGUCUGGCUCGACAGCGGGCAUCAGGUCACCAGGUAUGACAGCGGGCACUGGGUCACCAGGCAUCAGGUCAUUUGGCUCGCCAGCGGGCACCGCGUCAUCUGGCAAGGCAGUGGGCACCGAGUCACCAGGUACGACAGCGGGCUCUGAGUCAAUUGGCACGACAGCAGGCACCGGAUCAGGUACCGGAUCAUCUGGAUCAACAGCGGGCAUCGAGUCAACUGGCCUAAUAGGAUCGUCAGGCUGGAUCAGUUCAUCAUGCUGGGUAGAGGCAUCAGGCUGAAUGCCGGCGUCCGGCUGAGUAGAGGCUUCAGGCCGAGUAGAGGCUUCAGGCCGAGUAGAGGCAUCAGGCCGAAUAGAGGCAUCAGGCCGAGUAGAGGCAUCAGGCCGAGUAGAGGCAUCAGGCCGAGUAGAGGCUUCAGGCCGAGUAGAGGCAUC